AUGAUUUCCUGACUAGCCGGUUUCCAAUUCUUCUGCUUCAAGGGUCUAUUAUAUUCAUUAACGUCAUGGAUAGGGCUAUUGUUGACCUAUUUAAAUAGGCUAUAGACAAAUACGAGAACGAGGCUAUUAUCGGUUAAUGUCCCACAAAAAGAGUAAGUAACUUUGACGUUAACUUCAAAAUUCGCAAAUAGCGCUCAACAAGGAAGUAAAAACGAAAGGCCAUCAAAAGAUUGCCAGACGAAGAAACAAUUAUCAGGGGGAGGACACUGACUGUCUGAUAUCAUGGAUCAGACUCCUCAGUCUCUCGCUCCAGUCCAGCAUUCUGGUCCUUUGUCCUCCAUUACUCCUCAACCUGCCCCUACACCGUCCUCCAUCAUGGCUCAACCUGCUCAUCCACCGUCCUCCAUUAUGGCUCAGGGUGGUUCUGUUGUCGCUGCACCCCAACUUGUUGGCUGCAGUGUUGAAGGUUCAGUUUAUCAAAACAUCAGUGUUACUAUGCCUUCGCACGGUGCUGAUGAAGAUCUGCCAAAAGUCAAGGACAAACACAAGUCCAACAUGAAGAAGAAGUUUGGGAGCAUCUUUGAGGGGCUUGGAAAACGGGGAAACCCAACAUUGCUUGACAAGAUCUACACAGAACUCUACAUCACAGCUGGAGAGAGUGAAGGGGUUAAUAAGGAGCAUGAGGUAUGGCAGAUUGAAGAUACGGCUCGGACCAAAGCAUUUCAAGACGAUGCAAUCAACUGCAAUGACAUCUUUAGAUCUUUAGACCCCAAGACAAAGGAACAUAAUGACAAAUCCCAAUCCAGACAAGAGGUACCCAUCAGAACUGUGCUGACAAAGGGCAUCGCUGGCAUCGGAAAAACAGUCUCAGUGCAGAAGUUCAUUCUUGACUGGGCAGAAGGAAUAGCCAAUCAGGAUGUAGAUUUUGUCUUCACACUUCCAUUUAGGGACUUGAAUUUGAUCAAAGAUGACUGCAAUCUCUUGAAACUCCUGAGUGACUUCCACCCUGAACUAACAGAUAUGCAGGACGCAAAGAAGGUGGUCAACGGUAAAGUUGUAUUCAUCUUCGAUGGCCUCGAUGAAAGCCAACUUCCAAUGUGUUUCCAUAACAACAAGAGGUUGUCUAAUGUAACCGAGGAAACAUCAGUGGACAAGCUGCUGACAAACCUCAUCAAGGGGAAUAUGCUUCCUGAAGCUCUCCUCUGGAUAACCUCCCGACCAGCAGCAGUUGAUAAGAUACCCUCUGACUGUUUUGACCGUGUCACUGAAGUUCGAGGAUUCAACGACCCACAGAAGGAAGAAUACUUCAAGAAGAGAUUCAGUGAUGAUGAGAACAUGGCCAGCCAAAUCAUCUCCCACAUAAAGACAUCAAGAAGCCUCCACAUCAUGUGCCACAUACCGGUCUUCUGUUGGAUUACUGCCAUGGUUCUUGGGAAAAUGUUGAGUGAAAAUGACCAUGGAAAACCCCCUAAAACUUUGACUGAGAUGUACAUACGCUUCUUACUCACCCUGACAAACAUGAAGAACAAGAAGUACUAUGGGGAAAACCAACCAGAUCCUCGUAAUCUGUCAGAGUCUGACGUACAGAUCAUUCUGAAGCUUGGAAAGCUUGCCUUCCAAAACCUGGCAAAGAGCAAUUUGGUGUUUUCUGAAGACUAUUUGAGAGAGUGUGGCAUUGAUGUCAACGAAGCCUUCUUGCUCUCGGGGAUGUGCACAGAGAUCUUCAGAGAGGAGGAUCCAAUGUUUCAAGCAAAGAUGUACAGCUUUGUGCAUCUCACCAUUCAAGAGUUCUUCGCAGCACUCUAUGUUGCUUACUCAUAUGCCAGUGAAAAUGUCAACCCAUUGAGUUUAAGAGACUACCAAGAGUUACCAAGAACAAAUGACAGUGAUUCUGGAGACAGGGAUGAUGGCUACAGGGAUGAUGGCUACAGGGAUGAUAGCUGGAGCGAGGAUGAAGACUACAGGCCACAACACAGAGGUUCUCAGCAGCUACAGAAAAUGUUGCAUGACUUGCAGAGGAGUGCGGUGGAUGCAUCUUUGAGCAGCAAGACCGGUCAUCUAGACCUCUUCCUCCGCUUCCUUCUGGGCAUAUCACUGGAGUCCAAUCAGAUCCUCUUGAAAAGCCUAAACCUCCAGACAAAGGGAGACACAGAAAGCAUCCAGAAGACCAUUCAGUACAUCAAAGAUAGGCUUUCAGACGAAAAACAAAGACAAUAUCCCUCCCCAGAGAGGUGCAUCAAUCUCUUUCACUGUUUGAUCGAAUUGAACGAUACCUCAUUUGUGACUGAAAUUCAAAGGUUCUUGACAUCCAAAAACCCUGCUGAGAAGAAGCUGACGCCUGCACAGUGCUCGGCGAUGGCAUACGUACUCUUGAUGUCAGAGGAAGUGUUGGACAAACUGGACCUGAAAGUGUACAACACGUCAGAUGAGGGGCGUAAGAGGCUGGUCCCAGCUGUUCGAUGCUGCCGAAAGGCCAUACUAGCAGACUGCCGCCUUACAACGAGUUGCUGUGAAACGGUGGCAUCUGCACUACAGCUGCCUGACUCCCAUCUGAGAGAGCUGGACCUCAGCGUUAAUGCCCUGUUGGACCUGAAGCCCCUUUCUGUUGGACUGACAAGUCCCAACUGCCGACUGGAGUCACUUAACCUUAGUCAUAUGCACCUGAAAAGAUCAGGACCAGAACUUCUAAAGGCUGUGCUGAUGGGACCUCACAACCAGCUACUUGUGUUGAGGUGAGUGCCGAUGGGACAUCACAACC